AGUAAUCGUCACCACGUACGCUCUGGCUGCUGCUGCUGCUGCUGUGCGGUGUUAGCUAGAUGGCUAGUUUGUGUCCCGCUGCUCACCUCCUGUUGUUGUCACCUGAGGGAUACUAACUAAUAUUUCUUGUGAACAUCUUCGGAUAUCCUCAAACCCCUCUCCAGAGCGUGCGUGUCGGGCCGUCGCCAUGGCUCUGCAAGGCCCGGAGGAGCUGGGGGAGCAGGUCGAAGAGCCGGAGGAUCUGGACGACCAGGACGCUAGUAGCAUCUCCCCGGCCGAGGAGAUAACUCUUCCUCCCGGGCCCGGAGGCGACGAGGAGCCGGAGGAGGCUCUCCUGCUGCCCUGGGACCGCUUCUCCACCUGGCUGCACUGCAUCUGUGUGGUCGGCUUCGACCUGGAGCUGGGCCAGGCGGUGGAGGUGAUUUAUCCUCAUCACUCCAAACUGUCAGAGAAAGAGAAAACAAGCAUCUGCUACCUUUCUUUUCCCGACUCCAACUCAGGUUGUCUUGGCGACACCCAGUUCUGCUUCCGCUUCCGACAGGGCUCAAACCGGAAGACGUCGCUCGGCUGCUUCCUGGAAAACACAGACCGUGAUGCUCCGCCCUGUUUGAAGAGAGACCAGGGUCAUUACUACGGUUACGUGUACUUCCGGCAGGUGCGAGACAAAUCCCUGAAGAGAGGAUACUUCCAGAAGUCUCUGCUCCUGAUCAGUAAGCUGCCCUACGUCACAUUCUUCCACUCCCUGCUGAAGAUCAUGGCUCCAGAAUAUUUUGAGAAACAGGAGCCGUGUUUGGAAGCAGCUUGUAAUGACAUAGAUCGCUGGCCGUCGCCCCAUCCUGGACGAAUCCUUACGUUGCCUAUAAUGGGCGUGGUCAUCAAGGUUCGCAUCCCGACCAGUUACGACAAACCAGGAACCUCCCAGCUGGUGCAGUCCACACAGACUGACAGUCAGGUGUCCAUCGUGCUCCCGACCAUCCAUGAAGUCGACCUCUUCAGAUGUUUCUACCCAGUCUUCUUCCACAUCCAGAUGCUGUGGGAGUUGGUGCUGCUCGGGGAGGCGCUCGUCGUCAUGGCGCCGUCGCCAGCGGAGUCUUCGGAUACCGUGUUGGCGUUGGUCAGCUGUAUCUCUCCGCUGCGUUACUGCAGCGACUUUCGGCCGUACUUCACCAUCCACGACAGCGAGUUUAAGGAGUACACAACGAGGACGCAGGCCCCGCCGUCAGUCAUUUUGGGAGUGACCAAUCCCUUCUUCGCUAAAACUCUGCAGCACUGGCCGCACAUCAUCCGCAUCGGAGACAUGAAGCAAGCAGGAGAAAUGGCCAAGCAGAUGAAAGUCAAGAAACUGAAGAACCUCAAAACUCUCGACUCUAAACCCGGUGUGUACACUGCGUACAAGCCGUAUCUGAACAAAGAUGAAGAAAUCAUCAAGCAGCUUCAGAAGGGAGUUCAACAGAAGAGGCCCUCGCCGGCCCAGAAUGCAAUACUCCGACGCUACUUCUUAGAACUGACUCAGAGCUUCAUCAUUCCACUGGAGAGAUAUGUGGCCAGUCUGAUGCCUCUCCAGAAGUCCAUCAGCCCCUGGAAGGCUCCUCCUCAGCUGCGUCCGUUCAUCCAGCAGGACUUCAUGAAGACGCUGGAGAAAGCCGGACCUCAGCUCACGUCCAGACUGAAGGGAGACUGGAUAGGACUCUACAGGAAUUUCCUCAAGUCUCCGAACUUUGACGGCUGGUUCCGCAACCGGAGGCGAGAGAUGACGCAGAAACUGGAGGCUCUGCACCUGGAGGCGCUGUGCGAGGAGGAUCUGCAGCAGAGGAUCCAGCAGCACUCCGAGGUGGAGACGGUUGAUCUGGUCCUGAAGCUGAAAGAUAAACUGAUUCAGGCGGAGAAGGAGCAGCUCCCUGUGCGUCCAGGGACGGUGGCCAAACUGAGGGCUCACAUAGAGGCCGUCAUCCUGUCGUUACCGGAGGACCUGCAAGGGAUCCUCCACAAGCCCUCCACCCCCUGAACGUCUCCCCCUCUGGCCUGACUCUCUAACCCCACAUCAAGCUUGUUUUAAAGUUUGGGGGGGGGGGGGGGUCUGUGGAUUGUCUCUCAGAUGGAGGAACCUCUUGUUUAUUUUAAGGACCUCUUCUGGUCAGCACAUUUUUGAUUCCUUUUAAAUAUACAUCUAGUCAUACUUACUGUAUUCCCCCCCACACACGGCUACAGUGGCGGCCCUGGAGUCUCAGCCAUCACUUGGUUUUGACACGGUAAACUGGAGCCGGCCGGAGCUGCACAACAUAAACUCCUGUGAACGUUUUCGAGGAGCUGAACCAGCGUUUAUAAGCUGUGAGGAGGUUCUUCAGCACAGCGACGUCAUUAAGGAAAUUCCAGACUCACCUCUCUUCUUCUCUUGAAGCGUGCGGCUCACUAACAGAGGAUCCGCCACAAUCCUGGAGCUAACAGCAGGAAAGUUAACUCAGCAGACCUCUGACACUUGGUGCUUUCACCUCCUUGACGUUUUUAGUUUUAUUAUUUUUUUAACUUGAAGAUGACACGCUGCAGUUCGGCGGAUCUGACUUUGGAGUUUUCAUUCUUUUUUUAAAAUUGAGAAAUGUUUUUAAAGAAGUGCACUUCAUCGCUCACUGGACCAGAGUGCCCUUCAUACACACACACACACACACACACACACACACUUCUUUUAUGCAAACAAACUGAACCGAGCAGAGCCAAGAAGUGCUUUAUAAUAAAAUCUGACUCAAAUGUUAAUCCACACACAUUAAGCAUUAAUCACCAGCCGCCCUGUCACAGUCAAUGACUGUAUAUAAAGAUGGAUGUCUCAGCCUCUUCCUGUUGUACAAAAGUGAAGCCAAAAACACCCUGAGCCAGUUUUUGCUUCCUCUCACUGUUUCUCCUCUACUUUGCACACUACUUUGCGCUGCAGGAGCCUCAUUUGUCAACAGAGCUGUCAAUCAUGACAUUAAAACCCAUUUUUUAUGGCAUCUAAUUCUAACAUUUUUAAAACCAGGAACACUAGAACAUAAAUCAGCUUGUUAAGAACUAACUAUAAAGACAGAUACCAUGUUUAAGAAAUAUUUAUUUGAACUGUAGUUUGACCCAUCUCCAUCUGCUAACAUGGAGGAGGCGGAGCUUAUGGGCCCACACUGCAGCCAGUAAGCAGGAGGAGCUCUAAGUGUUUUGGCUUCACUUUUGGGGAGCUGUCACAUCGUGCAUAUCUUCAUCUCUUUGCUGCAGGUCUGUAGAGGAGCCAAUCACAUCUCAUCGCUUCCAGGUCACAUGAUCAUAAAAGUCUUCUAAAGUAUAUCAAUCUUGUCAUGUAAACGUCAUUAUAUUUUUUAUCUCUCUGUGGUGUGACUUGUCAUUCACAAUUCUGUGUUUAAAGGGUUAAUAUGCGACUUUGUUAAUAUGAAUACAGCAAAAAUCAAAUAUACCGGGGCGUCUGUGGCCUAGUGGUUAGUUUGCACAACCCCUGUACAGAGGUCGUUGACCUCCAAGCGGGCGGCCCGGUGUUCACAUCCGACCUGUGGCUCCUUUCCCGCAUGUCAUUCCCCACUCUCUCUCUUGAGUAGAGUCCAAAAAUGAAUCCAUCCAGUAUCUAUACUCCA